AUGGCGGCGAGGUCGUCCGACCAAAGCGUCCACGUUCUUCUCCUCCCAUUCCCCACACAGGGCCACAUCAACCCGCUGCUCCAGUUCGGCAAGCGGCUCGCCGGCCGCAGUGGCGUCCGGUGCACCCUGGCGGCGACCCGUUUCGUGAUCAGCUCGACCAAGCCGACCCCAAGCUCGGUCCACGUCGCCGCCAUCUCCGACGGCUGCGACGAGCGCGGCCCCGACGAGCUAGGAGGGAUGGGCUUCCCCUACUUCGAGCGGAUCGAGUCGGUCGGGUCCGAGACGCUGGACGAGCUCCUCCGGUCGGAGUCGGAGGUGGGGCGGCCCGUGCACGUGGUGGUGUACGACGCGGUCGCGCCGUGGGCGCAGCGCGUGGCGAGGCGGCGCGGCGCGGCGUCCGCGGCGUUCCUCACGCAGCCGUGCGCCGUGGACAUCGUGUACGCGCACGCGUGGGCCGGCCGGGUGCCGCCCCCGCCGCUGCUGUGCCCGGAGGAGGUGCUGCGGGACCUGCCCGGGCUGUCGACGCAGCUCGAGGUCGGCGACGUGCCCACGUUCUUCGCUGACAUCAGGUACCCCCCGUGUUUCCGGGAGCUGCUGCUGAACCAGUUCCUGGGGCUGGACACCGCCGACCAUGUGCUCGUCAACUCGUUCUACGACCUGGAGCCGCAGGAAGCGGACUACUUGGCGUCUACGUGGAGAGCCAAGAUGGUGGGGCCGACUGUACCGUCGGCGUUCCUCGACAACCGACUGCCGGACGACGUGUCCUACGGCAUCCACCUGCACGCCCCAAUGGCGGCAGAAAGCAUGGCGUGGCUGGACGCCCAGCAGGCGCGGUCCGUUCUGUACGUUUCCUUCGGUAGCAUGGCGUCGCUAGGCCCGGACCAGAUGAGCGAGAUAGCCGAGGGCCUCUACAGCAGCGGCAAGCCCUUCCUGUGGGUCGUCCGGGCCACGGAGACUGCCAAGCUACCCAAGGGCUUCGCCGACGACAAGGCGGCGAAGGCCAGCAGGGGGCGCCUGGUGUCGUGGUGCCCGCAGCUGGAGGUCCUGGCGCACCCCUCCGUCGGCUGCUUCUUCACGCACUGCGGCUGGAACUCGACGGUGGAGGCGCUCAGCGCCGGCGUGCCCAUGGUGGCGAUGCCGAACUGGGCGGACCAGACGACGAAUGCCAAGUAUAUUCAGGACGUGUGGCGUGUCGGCGUACGGGUGCGCCCGGAUGCCCAGGGGGUGGUGAGGAGCGCGGAGAUGGAGAGGUGCGUGCGGGACGUCAUGGAAGGCGAAAUGUGCAAGGAGUUUAGGAAGAGAGCUCUGGACUGGAGCGGCAAGGCAAGGAAUGCCAUGGGUGAAGGCGGUAGCUCGGAUGUCGCCAUCUCGGACUUCCUAUCCUGUUUUGGACACUCCACUCGUGUGACUCCUGCCAACUGA